AUGAGACAUCUCUCUUCUGGCUCUGGCUCUGGCAGUCAGGACAGUCAUGACUCCUCAGACGAUCAUGGCAACCAACGCAGCUACUCCAGCCAGAACACCUAUAAUAUGACGUUCGUUGCUUGUGAUCUUUGUUACAAUGGAGAGUAUCCUCCAAAGCCAAGGAAAAAGCUCUCCAGUUGGCCCACAGUAACUUGUAAAGACAUUUACUAUGACCUUCAAAGCUUGAACAAACAUGCCAACCCCACACAGUGCUACAGUAAAGCCAAUGAGUAUAGAGCAAGUUGUUGCUCCGAAGCUACUACUGCCAGCACCAGGCAAUCUCGCCCGCAAUCCUCGUUCCCCCAUCCGAAGCUUUCCACUGUUUUCGGGAUCUUCCUUUUUUGGUUUAUUGCAAGAGAGUACGUCAAGUCACGACGAAGACUUCGAGAUGGUGCUGACGACUACGAUGAUUCAUCUAGUAUGAUCCCCCCGGAAGAAGGAGCUGACUACAAACAAAUGGAUUCGGAAGAGAAAGGAAAGGACGCACCACAAAAACUCAUGAAAUUGGGUUCGAGGCCAUCAAGUCGUAGACGGAGUAGAAGUGGAAGAAGAGGAAAGAGUAGACGGGACGACUAUGACGACGACAAUGAUAGCAACGCGUCACCAAUUCUUUCCAUUAUUCAAAUGCUGAUCUCGACCCCAAAACACAAACAAAGAAAAAAGAGACCACAGCGAGGAAGAUCACGGCGUCGAAGUCGGAGCAGGAGUUCGAGUCGAAGCCGAAGUAGAGGAAGACGAUCAAAGAGCCGGCCGAUUGUGCUGGCGGAGCCAGAUCCCCCUCAAAUGCAACUUGUUUGA